CAAUUUCAAAAGUGAUUAGAAAAAGGAGAGGGUUGCUGGCGGAAACCUAUCGGGACUUCAGUGCUCUGCGAAGAAGUUGCGGGGAGUCUCGUCUCGAUCUCAAAUCAGAAUAGCUAGUCGCAGCAUUGACAGUUAAUAUAAAACCUCAAGACAUCUCUCUAACUUGCCUGAACCGCACAAUGACAUGGGACUUACAAAAAUGGGAGCGGAGGUUGAGUCUCAUGCAGGAUUCCUUGGCGCGGUGAAGUAAACUGUAUUGUCCAGGCGAGCCAACUGUCUAAAUUCGUAUUUGAUGUCAAGAGCAUGAUGGCGUUCCUCCUGUGUGUUAGCCUGUGGAUGCUCCUGGCUGUCCAUGGCCAGGCUGGAGCUGUGAAGAACUGCCACCCGGGUUGCCACUGUGAGGUGGAGAGCUUCGGCCUGUUCGACAGCUUCAGCCUGACCAGGGUAGACUGCAGGGGAGUGGGCCCCAGCACCAGCCCCAUCUCCAUCCCCCUGGACACUGCCCACCUGGACCUGUCCUCCAACUCCAUGUCCCUGCUGACCGACACCAUGCUCUCUGGGCCUGGCUAUACCACCUUGAUCAGCCUGGACCUCAGCAACAACCGCAUCUCCAUGGUCAGCCCAAAGGCCCUGUCCAGGCUGCGCUACCUGGAGUCUCUGGACCUCAGCCACAACUCCCUGGAGGGCCUGGACAAGGGCUGCUUCUCUGGCCUCCCCCUGGCCGAGGUGGACCUCAGCCACAACCGCUUCCAGGAGUUUGACCUGGACAUGUUCAUCACUAAAGGUCACGGAGAGCCAAUCAGCGUGGAUCUGUCUCACAACCGGCUGACGGUGAUCUCCAGGAGUUCCUCUAGGAGCCCCUUGCUACAUGUCCAGAGCCUGACUCUAGCAGCCAACCAGCUGACGGCCGUGCCCAAGCUAAAAGGCAUCCCGCUGAGGGACCUAAGCCUGGAUGGGAACAGCAUCUCCCGCAUUGAGGAGGGGGCCUUUGAGGACCUCAAGGACCUGGUUCACCUGUCCCUCAGUGGACUUCCUGAGCUCUCUGACAUCCAGCCUAACCGUUUCAGAGGUCUACAGAGCCUUCAGGUCUUGGACCUGUCCAACAACGCCAAGCUAAAGACACUGAACCCAGCUGUGUUCAGUGGACUUGUGUCUCUACAGGAGCUCAAUCUGUCCAACUCUGGAGUAACGUCAUUGCCAAAUAACAUGCUAAGUCACUUGCCAAGCAUCAAGAGUAUUACCCUGGGCCAGAAUAUCAAUUGUUGGAGGACUCAAAAGCAGGGCCAGUUUCACAGGCAGCUUGGACAGGAACAGAACCAUGACGAGGUGCUGACCUGUGAUGUUGAAGGGAUUGUCUUGUGAUUGUGUUGGGAUCGUUGCCUUCAGUAUGGACAUCUAGCUAGCACAUUAGUGCUAAAACUGUGCCUUAUAUCACUAUAUGCAAAGAACACUUUUUGUUAUUGCCACCAAACAUGAUAAUUACUAUUUGAACAGUUUUGUUUAAAUUUAAAUUCAAAGAUUAGUAUUUUACUUUUAUUCCAAAGACCUGAGGUAUUUAUAUUAAUCCACUGUUGAUACUAUCACGUCAUGCUUGCUAUGCAUAAAGCAUGUCUUUCAACUACAGUAACAAGCCAGCAAUAGCAUUGAUGGAUAUUGUCUUAACCAUUUAGCUUUUCCUCUUCCAAUUUUGAAGGUGGUUUUAGGAUCUGGAAAUAAAAAAAGAUACCUCAGCCACUAGGAAAAAUAUUGUUAUAUUCCAUAACAAUCAUCAGAUCUUUGAAGUAUACACUAUGCAAGGACCACUCUUAUGUCAGACCGAAAGGUAAACAUCCUAUGUAGAGUAUAUAGUUACGUAUGUCUAGCAUAGGAGGCUGGUGGGAGGAGCUAUAGGAGGACGGGCUCAUUGUAACGGCUGGAAUGGAAUUAAUGGAAUGUAGUAAAACGUGGUUUCCAUAUGUUCCAUUUAUUCCAUUCCAGCCGUUACAUUGAGCAUGUCCUACUAUAACUCCUUCCACCAGCCUCCUCUGGUGUCUCGUUAUCAUUUCAAUCAGAUAUUAAGUGGACGCAUUCUCCUGCUAUCUUGCUCAGUCAUGUUUACAUGGCCUAAGACCUGGAAGCCAACAUUGCCUGUUCUGUUUCAAAGAGCAGUUACACAACUGAGGUUGAAAUGUAAUCUGAACAAAUCAAUGCAGAAACAAAUUCAUGAAUGUCACCCAGGGGUUUUUCGCUGCUCCGUUAUUGAAUCAGUUUCCCAUGACCGUGACCAUUUAUUUCAAAACAUAAAAUGGUCUCCCUGUACUUGUAUUAGACACAGACAUGUUUUGUACUGUAUUUUAAUCUCUUCUGACAGAGAAGUAAGUGUGUGUUUUAACUGAAACGCUAUACGCCAUGUAAUUUGAUACAUUGUAUUAUUCACCCUACUUUGAAAGGUAAAAAAUGUCGCAGCUAUUCUACAGCAUCAACUUUGGAUCUACAUUGGCCAAAAUCUUUCAGAUAUUCUGUGCAACAACAACUGCAUGUUUGAACACCUGCCUUGGUUGCUGUCCCUGUGGUAUAAUAUGGACCGAAAGAGACAAUCAGCCUCAUAACUACACAUGAGCUGUUUUGAAUGUUAAACAUCUGCGUAAAGAUUUUAUAUUUCUUUAUCAAUAGUGUAUACACUGAGUGUACAAAACAUUAAGAACACCUUCCUAAUAUUGAGUUGCACCCCUGAACACCCCCCCCUCAG